GAAAAGAGGGCGCCGCCAUUUUGUCGACAGCGAGGAGAGUUGGAGGCCUCAGCCGGGAGCUUGCCCAAGGUCCUCUCGCGGCCUAGUCGCAACCGAUUCUUUCCUGUCCUGCCUAGGCUUCGCGCCAACGUAACAUCACGGCGGAGAUGUCGGAAUACAUCCGAGUAACGGAAGAUGAGAAUGAGGAACCCAUUGAGAUCCCUUCAGAGGAUGAUGGGACUGUAUUACUCUCCACGGUUACUGCGCAGUUCCCAGGAGCCUGUGGCCUGCGUUACAGAAACCCCGUGUCUCAGUGUAUGAGAGGAGUCCGAUUAGUGGAAGGAAUUCUUCAUGCACCAGAUAAUGGCUGGGGAAAUUUGGUAUAUGUGGUGAAUUAUCCCAAAGACAACAAGAGGAAAAUGGAUGAAACAGAUGCUUCAUCAGCCGUUAAAGUGAAACGAGCAGUUCAGAAAACCUCUGAUCUGAUAGUUUUGGGUCUUCCUUGGAAGACAACAGAGCAAGAUCUGAAAGAAUAUUUCAGCACGUUUGGAGAAGUUCUCAUGGUGCAGGUUAAGAAGGACAUCAAAACUGGCCACUCAAAGGGGUUUGGUUUUGUACGAUUUACCGACUAUGAAACCCAAGUAAAAGUCAUGUCUCAGCGUCACAUGAUUGAUGGAAGAUGGUGCGACUGCAAGCUCCCCAAUUCUAAGCAAAGUCCAGAUGAACCUUUGCGUAGCAGGAAGGUGUUUGUUGGGCGUUGCACUGAAGACAUGACUGCAGAUGAGCUCCGUCAGUUUUUUUCACAAUAUGGAGAAGUCGUUGAUGUCUUCAUUCCCAAACCAUUCAGAGCUUUUGCCUUCGUUACGUUUGCUGAUGAUCAGGUCGCCCAGUCCCUUUGUGGUGAGGACUUGAUCAUAAAAGGAAUCAGCGUCCAUAUAUCCAAUGCUGAACCUAAGCAUAAUAGCAGUAGACAACUAGAAAGAGGUGGAAGAUUUGGUGGUAAUCCAGGAGGCUUUGGGAAUCAGGGUGGAUUUCCUAAUCGGGGGGGAGGCGGGGGAGGUGGCGGACUGGGUAACAGCCAGGGCAGUAACAUGGGAGGUGGGAUGAACUUUGGGGCCUUCAGCAUCAAUCCCGCCAUGAUGGCGGCGGCUCAGGCCGCGCUGCAGAGCAGCUGGGGGAUGAUGGGCAUGCUUGCUAGCCAGCAAAACCAGUCUGGGCCGUCAGGGAACAACCAGCCACAGGGAAACAUGCAGAGGGAGCAGCAGAGCCAAGGGUUUAGCUCCGGGAGCAAUUCCUACGGAAGCUCGAACUCUGGCCCAGCGAUAGGGUGGGGCUCCUCCAACACGGGCUCCAGCAGUGGGUUUAAUGGCGGGUUUGGUUCAAGUAUGGAUUCCAAAUCAUCAGGAUGGGGGAUGUAAGGCAGGCUGACUCUGAUGGGAAAUCAUUUUUUUUUUCUAGAGCUUCCGGUAAGUAUAAUCUAAAAUGCAUAUUACUAAAAGGAAAAAGAAAAAAAAAACCAACCCCAAAUCAAUUUGUUCAGUGUGUAGUAUAUUUCGAUAGUAUUUUUGACACUUUUUUUCUUUUGUAAGGGGGAAAAAAAGAUUAAAUGAAGUUUUAUAGGUUUUGUUACCAUGAGUUGGAAUACAUGAGUUGGGAUUAUUGAGUGGCUGAAAGUGAACUGUUUCCCUGACUGGUAAACGGGUGUGCUGCAGUUUAAAUAGGAAUUUGUAAAGAUUGGAUUCCUUGUUUUCCUAGUCAGCUGAGAUCUUUGCAUGUUUCAAAAAAAAUGGAAGCCAUUUUUCAGAAACUGCAUCCUAUCCUUAUUAAUUUUUUUUUAAUUUAAUUUGAUCCCCCCCGCCAUAAGAAUUUUUCUCUCUUUCUCUCCUUCCCCCUCCCCCAAAUGUCCUGUGUGGAGAAUGCAAUGUUGGUGUCGGCUUUUUUUCCUUUUAACACUGUCUCCCUUCUCAUACUAAAGUACAGUAUGGAGACCUCAUUUAGUUCUUGCAGUUCAUCUCAU